AUGUCAUCAUCACCAGAACUUGGCCACUCGCCUCAAUUCUCUAGCCUCUCCUCCGACAUGAUCGCAAUAUCAGCCAUGAACGGCACGGCAGUUGACGCUUCGCAAAGGCCAAAGCGGGCGAGGACGAGCAAACCAAAAGUCAAGACUGGUUGCAGCAACUGCAAGUUGCGGAGAAUCAAAUGCGAUGAAAAGCGGCCGGCGUGCUCCAACUGCGUCCGUUCCAGGAAGGAAUGCACAGGUUACCCACCUCCGCCCCGGAGCGCGAGGCCAUUCGAAGAAAUCAGGAUUGCGCCGAAACCACGACUGGCAGCAGCGACACCUCUUCCUGGCCGCGAUGCUCCAAUUCAACUUGCCCCACGCCGAGCUCUCAAGCAGUACCAAAGGCGAAACACACCUCCCGAAACACCACCACGAGAGUCUGCUGCCACUGCCGUGAUACUCCACCGAGCGCCGACCGCGAACGUGCCAUUUACCGACAGAGAGGGCUUGUACUUCCAGUUGUUCCGCGAACAUACCGCCAACGAGCUUUCGGGAUUUUUUGAUUCUGGUUUCUGGUCGCGAACUGUCCUACAAGAAUGCCACUCGGAGCCGACGAUCCGCCAUGCCGUGGUGGCAUUAGGCGCCCUGUAUAAGACAUUGGAGAAGACGUGUGAAUCGCCGCCGGGCUCUCCAGCCAGCGAUCGAGAUCCCACCGACCUUGCCAUGACGCAUUUCCGAAUGGCUCUGGAGAAAUAUCACGAGGCCAUCCGCUCGCUCCUAAACACAGAAGAUCCCAUGUCCAACCGGACAAGACUCAUGGCCAGCGUGCUGCUAGCCUGCUUCGACUCGUUCGUUGGCGACCACAAACAGGCCAUUUUCCAGAUCCAGACAGGACUCCAGUUACUCGAAAAGCUGCGUGCUGAGAGGAGGCGGGCCUUCAUCACCCAGCCGGGCGAGCCCGUGGAAGACGAGCUGAUCCAGAUGUUCACCAGGUUGGCGAUCCAAGCCAAGUCCUACGACAUGGCGUUCCACUUCCCGCAACCGUACGUCGUGCGCUUGACAGCAGCCGAGCAGGACCCCUCAUCACCAGCUUCCGACGCCAGCUCGCCCGGCUCCCAGUUCCAGGAACCCAUCCCCGACCGCUUCGCUUCCGUAAUAGAAGCGCGUGUGGCAUGGGACAAGCUCUGCGAGCGCAUCUUCAAGUUCACCGAGACCAUGUUCAAGCACGUUCCCAACGGGCCCAUGGGGCUAUUACCUCCCAACCUGAAGCGCUACGGCCUCAGCUUCAAACAGGAUCUCGACGCCUGGUCGGAAGCCUUCGAGCCGAUCCUCCAGUCGCGAACCGCACCGGGGGUAACCAGCCAGGAAAAGGCUGCCAUCGCCGUCCUGAAGAUGUUCCAGAUCAUGGCCCUGAUCCUCUUCCUCAUGACCUUCAACGCGUCCGAGAUGCAGUUCGACAACUUCAACAGCUACUUCAAGACCAUCGUCGACCUCGCCUUGGAAGUCGUCGGCGACGAAGAGCGCCGCGCAGCCGCCAAGCGCUGUCCGGAUCCGGAGUUCUGCCGGCACGGUCAUGACCAUCAUGGCCACAACGCGCGAGGAGCGCCACGAGACAUAUUUGGUGGGCAUGAGUAUGCGGCCCGGCAUAUCAAGCCGAGCUUCAGUGCCGACCUGGGAAUCGUGCCUCCCCUGUUCGUGGUGGCGACCAAGUGCCGCGACCCCGUGAUCCGAAGGCAAGCUAUCCAGCUCCUCCGCAGUAGUGCUCGGAGAGAGGCCAUGUGGGAUAGCGAGCUGACGGCCAGGAUCGGCAUGUGGAUCACGGAGAUUGAGGAGUCGGAUGAUUUUUCUAUAAUCACGCCGGGAAGUAGCCCCGUGGCGAGUUACUCGCAGAUGUCCCUGUCUAUGGGCAUGGGCAUGGGUAUGGGUAUGUUUGGGGCUAUGGACGAGGCUGCCGUCGUGGUGGAGAGCAUGGAUGGAGCCGCCGCAGCAAGUGAAUCCGGGGUGGUCAGGUCUGAUAGUAACGGGAGUGCGGCGAAUGGGAAUGGAAGUGCGAGGUGGGGAAGAAGGACGGGGAGUUCCAGCUCCAACAGGUCUGCUGGGAGCAGCAGCACCCACUACAUUUGGCCAACACAGCAGCAGUUGGCGCCGCCAAAGGUCAUUCCCGAGGAACGGCGAGUGAUGGUGAGAGCAGUUCAGUUCGACUUGCACAAGCGGACGGCUACCGUCCAGCUUGGCACGAGAGGGUUGCGGAACGGUCAGAUGGAUUUGAAGACUAGGACUACGAGUAUUACGUGGUGA